CCACUCUAUAAAAAGCCCUUCGACACCACCAGAUCAGGAAAAGAAGAACUUGUGCCGCGUAAAUCGCUUAAUAUUGGUAGUGCAUUCUGUUGGGCGCAGUUUGUUUUUUCAUUGCAUAUUUGCAAUAAGCAAAUCCUUUUAUUGCCCAGUCAAAAUCUUUCAUUAACAGUAGUGUUUUGAAAGUGCACUCUAGAUCUUUGGAAAGUAUUUUUUUUCAUUUCUUGUACGAUGGCUGGCAGGCGAUGUGGUCUUAUUUUACGACAAUUAUUUGAUGGCGAGUCCUGUACGUAUACUUAUCUUCUUGGAUGUGCAAACACCAGAAAAGCUGUCAUCAUUGAUCCAGUUGACACCAAGGUUUCCAGAGAUGCCAAGAUUAUUAGUGAACUGAAGCUUGAUUUGGAAUAUGCAAUCAACACCCAUGUGCAUGCUGACCACAUCACUGGUAGUGGCUUCUUAAAGGGACUUGUUGGUUGCAAAACUGUCAUCUCCGAGGCAAGCAAAGCAAAAUCUGACAUUCAUCUCAAAGAUGGAGACAUUCUUACUUUUGGCAACAGAGAACUUGAAGCAAGGGCAACUCCAGGCCACACCUAUGGUUGUAUGACGUUCGUUGAUCAUGGUUCCAAGAUGACAUUUACUGGUGAUUCCCUUCUGAUCAGGGCUUGUGGAAGAACAGACUUUCAACAAGGUGAUUCCACAGUUUUGUAUCAAUCCAUUCAUGAUCAGAUCUUGACCCUCCCUGACGAUUACCAGAUUUACCCUGGCCAUGAUUACAGAGGAAUGACYGUGUCAACAGUUGGUGAAGAAAAAGAAUACAACCCACGCCUGACUCUGAAACUCAAUGACUUUAUCCAAGUUAUGAGCACCCUUGGUCUUGCAGCACCAAGGAAAAUAGUGGAAUCUAUUCCCAUGAACAUGCUGGAUGGGGUAGGUCAAAUAGAUGACCAUAAGCACCUGAGAAUGGACCAUAGUGACGAAUAGAUAAAUGAAGGACUAUCACUCUGAAAGCUCAUUUAGGGACCAAGUAAAAUCACUUUAAACCAGGGGUUUAAAAAAGGAGCCAAGGCUAUAUAGUAAGUGAAAAAGAGAUUCAAGUUAAGCAACAAUAAUUUAAUUUAAUAAAAGUUGUAAACCUGUUUCUCCAGAAACUAUUACAACAGCACCUGCGAGAAAUCAAAUAAGUACAUGGUAUAGAACUAUUUUAAUUUAAAUACCGACUUGUUCAUUAACCAAUUAAUUAACACACUUGCUAGUUUAGUAACCUAGGUUACCAGGCAGUAUGGAAUAUUAUAAACAAGUUGUACAGUGCAAUAAAGAGAGGUUGUUGAUCAAGCACAAGGUUUAGGUAGAGGAAAUAUUGAUGCUCAGGUCAAUGAAAAAUCAAAAAAGAAAAUCAUGAUCAAUAAUGUCAAAAAUUUCAGUAGAAAAAAUUUAAUAAAAUAACUCAGUUUAAUUUCA